AUGCGUAGCUUUAGCUAUCAUCAAGGAACAAUGAAGCAUAUGAGUUUGUUUUCAAUCCUCUGUUUUCUCCUCAUAAUAAGCUUUCGUGUUGCUCAAGUUUUAGCACAAACAUGCACGGACGACAAUGGGAAUUUCAGGCCAAACGGUACAUACGACGCAAAUCGGCGUCUCAUCCUCUCUUCUCUUCCUUCAAACGUCACGGCUCAAGACGGCUUCUUCUACAACGGUUCGCUCGGACAAGAACCUAACCGUGUCUACGCAACAGGAAUGUGCAUCCCAGGAUCUACUCUAGAAGCUUGUUCUGAUUGUCUCAAGACCGCUUCUGAUGGUUUGAUAGAGAGUUGUCCAAACCAAACAAACGCGUUUACAUGGCCAGGUGAUCCCACGCUUUGCUAUGUGCGCUACUCCAACACUUCUUUCUCAGGAUCUGCUGUUCUAGAUCCGCGUUUAUUGGUCUACAACACUGGAGACAUAACCUCAAAUCAAACACAGUUCACGGAAAUAUGGGAAGACUUAGUUGGCGGUAUGAUUGGUGCAGCGUCCACACCAAAAAACACACCAUCAUCUAGUAAUAACUAUUACACAGCUAAUAUUUCACGUUUAGAAACUUUCCAGGAUAUUUAUGCAUUGAUGCAAUGUACGCCGGAUCUUUCGUCUCGUGAUUGUGAGAGUUGUCUGCAACAGAGCGCAAAUGCCUACCAGUCAUGUUGUGGUCAGAAGCAAGGAGGUUUUGUUAUGCGGCCGAGCUGCUUUUUCCGGUGGGAUUUGUAUACAUACUCCAACGCUUUUGAUAAUAUCACGGUGGCUUCUCCUCCUCCUCCUCCUCCUCCUCUUGUGCCACAGCCUACAGACGACAGCCGGAAUAACACGACUGAGAAUGAAGAAGAUAAAAAAGGAAUCUCCGCUGGAGUUGUCGUGGCGAUUACGGUUUCUACUGUUGUCACCAUCUUGAUACUGCUUGCUCUAGCUUUCUUUCUAUGCCGGAAGAGAAAAUCAUACCAAAGAACUGAGACUGAAUCUGAUAGUGAUAUUUCAACUACACAUUCAUCACAAUACGAUUUUAAGACAAUUGAAGCUGCAACAAACAAGUUUUCAAGGAGUAAUAAGCUCGGAGAAGGUGGAUUCGGCGAGGUUUACAAGGGUAAGUUUUCAGACGGAACUGAAGUAGCUGUGAAGCGACUGUCGAAAAAGUCAGGACAAGGCGCAAGGGAGUUUAGGAACGAGGCUGUUCUUGUGUCAAAACUUCAACACAAGAAUCUUGUUAGGCUUAUUGGAUUCUGUUUGGAUGGAGAAGAAAAGAUUCUGAUUUAUGAGUUUGUUCCCAACAAAAGCCUUGACUACUUCUUAUUCGACUCUGAAAAGCAACGUCAUCUAGACUGGACUCGGCGAUACAAGAUCAUUGGAGGGAUCGCUAGAGGGAUUCUAUAUCUUCAUCAAGAUUCACAGCUCACAAUCAUACACCGUGAUCUCAAAGCCAGCAACAUUCUCUUAGAUGCAGAUAUGAACCCAAAAAUUUCAGAUUUUGGAUUGUCGACCAUCUUUGGCAUGGAGCAAACUCAAGGCAAUACUAAUAGAAUUGCUGGAACAUAUGCUUACAUGUCUCCUGAGUAUGCAUUGCAUGGUCAAUACUCCAUGAAAUCAGACGUUUACAGUUUUGGAGUCUUAGUUCUCGAGAUCAUAAGCGGAAAGAAAAACAGUGGCGUUUACAACAUGGAUGAAACUAGUACUGCUGGAAACUUGGUUACAUAUGCUUGGAGACUUUGGAGAAACGGGUCUCCAUUAGAGCUGGUGGAUCCUGCCAUUGGAAGGAAUUAUCAGAGUAGUGAAGUCACUAGAUGCAUCCACAUUGCGCUCUUAUGUGUUCAAGACAAUCCAAAAGACCGUCCAACGUUAUCAACUAUCAUCUUGAUGCUCACUAGCAGUACAGUCACUUUACCAGUGCCUCGCUUACCUGGUUUUUUCCCAAGAAGCAUGCAGAAACUGGACUCUUUAUCUCAGACAUUAGUGUCGGAUCAGUCUACAAGCAAGUCUUUUCUUCAUUUAGUUCGAAAAAACAAAAGAGAUUUUUCCUCACCAAAACUGAAAAGUUGA